AUGGACGAAAGCGGAUCCAUGGCAACAGAACAAGACUUUAUGAAGAAUACAGCCAUUCCUUCUAUCAUUACUCAAUUAAAGGAUGCUGGGGUGGACAACGUCUUUGUUUGCGUCCAUGGAUUCGGAUCUAGCGAACACGAUCCCUUUGGACUGGACCGAGGACACCUGCACGGCUGUACAGAAGGCACUGCACAAGGAGUGGUAGAUUCCAGCCUCAUGGACAGCUGGGUUACGGAAGGAAAGUAUGAGGACGGAUGGCAAGCGAUCCACUACGCUAUUCGCGAUUUGCCCAGUGAAAUUAACGGAAAGAACUUGGUACAAACCUGCAAAACGAUGGGUCGCAAUAUGAUCCUAGUCACAGAUGAGGCGAGAUAUGACAACUCUUGUGACGGCAACCUAUUCCAAACCGAGUUCAAAACCGACGACUAUGGUGCUGAAACAUCGUGGACACUAGAAGAUAGAGAGAGCAACGUCAUAUCACAAGACGGAGGGUACCUUCCGAAUGAAGUGGUUCGGGUCACCAAAUGCUUGGAGAAGGACCAGAUGUACAAGCUUCUCUUUGAGGACUCCAACUUGGAUGGAUUUUGCUGUGACCAGGGGCAAGGAUACAUCAAAGUGUGGUACGAUGAUGAAUUGAUUGCCGACUCUCCGGCAAAUUUCCUGUACAGGGCCUGCGUCAUGAUGCCACCAGAAGCUGACCCGGCACCCUAUCAAGGACGGUUAUUGAAUGUGGAACGGCGGGAACGACAACUCGAUUCCACCAAUUACUUCACGCUCGAUAACACUCAGCAAAAGCUACUGGAUACUGGGUACCGGUUAACUACCAUUACCAUGCUUUCCAUGUACGGCCUGCGCUUGGAUGCUCGGCCACUGGGAAUCUCUUCCGAUGGCAUCAUUUUUGAGCCUGACGCCAAUGGUUCCUACACUAAGAACAACAGCUUUGACACGAGGCUGCCUCUUGACUUGCUGGAUCCCAACAAAAUGGCAAUCGAUUACGCGUCCAUUGCCUUUGAGACGGGCGGGGGCGCCUGGCUCUUGCAUUCACUGCGGGAAGGUGGGCAGCAUUCCGAGUCUUUUGCACAAGCCUUUGCCGAUAUCAACGCAAAAAACUUUGAGGAGGACGCCUUUGCAACCUAUGCACCAUCCGUCUCUCCAUCGCUUGAACCUUCUGCUGCCCCCAGUACAUCCAAUCCAUCCAUUCAGCCAUCGGCAGCUCCAUCUUUUAGUCCAACCACAUCCCAACCAUCCGAGCAGCCCACUGUUCAGUCAACUAUUCAGUCAACUGUUCAGCCAACUAUUCAGCCAACUGCAUCAACGACAGAGGAGCGCACAGAAGUCAUUCCAGAAGAAGGAGUCUUUGACGGUCGCAUCAAGGCUCACGAAGAUGAAAUGGGGGAUGAUGAUAAUGAUGAUGAUUCCAGUCGCGCCAUUGUUGGUUUUGCCACAAUUGGACUCCUUUGCGCGCUGGGUGUGGCCUUUGUGGCAUCCCGAACAAAGCAAGGCAAAGAAGAAGAAGAAGAAGAAAAAGAAAAGGAGGACGGCCUGAUUCCCACGCGCCCACGAGCGGACGAUACCGAAACCGAAAGUCUGGACGAUACGGAAGAAGCAUCUAGUCCGCUAGACACUUCCACACGGAGUGACAAUGAUGAACGCUUUGCACUCACUGGAUUGGCCCGAUGUAUGGAAUAUGCUGCCUCUUCUUUUCGAUGGGACAAAGACCAAGAUCAUAUGGUCGAUCUUUGCGAACUUGCCGGCGAGUAUGGAGGUGAUUUUCACGGAGAAUCAUCAUACGCCGGCGAUUAUGAUGAAGGAGAAUUUGAGUGA